AUGGCCUUGCUAUCUUCGACAUCUCGUCUUACGCUGGACUUACCACCAAGCUGCAUCGCUUUCUGUCCCUCAGAUCAGAAUCUUCUUGUUGUUGGGACGUACUUCCUGCAUCCACUCGAGAACAGACAGGAGAAAAACUCACACGACGACAAUAGCGGAGAUGCAGGAGCAGAGGGGAGGUUGCAGAAGCGGAGUGGAAGUCUGAUCUUGUACCGGCUCGAAGAGGGUAGCGAUGUGAUAACUCAACUCGCCACGAAGCCCGUUGACUAUGCGGUUUUAGACAUCCAAUGGAGCCGUUAUGCGACAGGGGAAGGCCAACUUCUCGCGGUCGCGACUUCCACUGGACAGAUCGCAAUCUACCGCCUUCCUACUUCAGAAGGCAAUGCCAUCGGGAAUCUGGAGCUCUGCAGUGCCCACGCGGUGGCAGACCCGUCCAUCUUGGUCCUCUACCUUGCCUGGCAUCCUAAAGACCGCGGAACCAUAGGGUACACCCUCUCGGAUGGCACCGUAGGCUUGUGCUCGUGUGGGAGCGGCAAUGACUGGAGGGAUCCGAACUGCAGCGUAACGCUGGCUGAGGUCCACAGUCACUCCCUCGAAGCCUGGACGCUCACCUUCAACCUACCAGAUGCCUCCGCCAUCCUGUCCGGCGGCGAUGACGCUAUACUGAAAUCUUCAACCCGCAUUCCGGAUGGUGAGGAGUAUGCCCUCUCGUGGCAAGAUAGGAAAAUCCACCAAGCCGGCGUAACAGCCAUCCUACCCCUAACACCUACUCUCACGCUCACGGGAAGCUACGAUGACCACAUCCGCCUCAUAGCUUCACCAGCAACAGGUACAGGACGCCGAAAAGUCCUCGCCGAAGCAAACCUAGGCGGUGGAGUCUGGCGACUGAAAAUGCUCGAUUCGCAAAGACUACUCGAUACGAAUGAUGUACAAGCCGAUCAAGGCAUGAGCCCUCCACCCGCCCACGCUCUCAUCCUAGCCAGUUGCAUGCACGCCGGCACGCGCAUGGUGCGGCUCUCCAGGUCUCACUUAGCCUCCGUGGAGAACGAGGAUGACGUCUGGCAGUUCGAGGUCCUGGCACGGUUCGAGGAGCAUGAGAGCAUGAACUAUGCAAGCGAUGCUGUAGUUCAGGAAGGGAAAGAGGGGAAGGAGUGGAGGGUGGUAAGUACGAGUUUUUACGAUCGGUUGAUGUGUUCGUGGCGGUUUGAGUUAGAAGGAAGGGAUGAGGUGAAGCCGGAAGGUGAAAGUUGA